CCGAAUCCAAUAAGUCAAACAACAUGGAAGGCAUCGAGCUCGGCAUCCAGGACCUCGACCACAGCUAUCAGAUUGACACCCAAGCCCUGUCAUCGGACGAUGAAGAAGAUCGUCAACAAGAGCCCGAACGACCAACCAAGCGAAAACGCACUAAAGAAGAAAAGGAGAGGAGAAGGUCUGAGAAGAGAGCGAGAAAGGAGAAAAGAAGGUCGGGAGCCGCCCAGACUGCACAGGUUCAGGCUCAAGCACAAGCUGGAAUUGAAGCAGAAGUGGCCGAAGCACCCACCGACUAUGAUGAAGUUGAACAAGUAGUGGAGGAUGCUCCUGUGAGCGAGGGAGACAAGAAGCGAAAGGAGAAGAAGCACAAGAAAGACAAAAGCAAGGGCAAAGGUAAAGGAAAGAAGAAGGAAGGGAGUGAAGAGCAAGAAGAAGAAGACAGGGAGGCUAUAGCUGCAUCAGCUGUAGCUACCCUCGCCCAGGCAUUGGUGAGCUCGGAAAGUGGCAAGGUUGCCCCGUCUGUGGAUAAAGUUCAAACUCCAAGUCGCCCGACUGCUGCCACUUCUACCAUCGCUACCUCACGAAUAGGUCCUACCCAGUACGGCAGCAUCAAAAUCAAGAAAGGCCCCUUGGAAUCAUCACCAGCCCCACCCGCAUCGUCACUCACGCCCGCCCUUCCCGCGACCCAGCUCAUCCCUGUGACUCCAUUCACGGCCGCCUCGACCGAUGCGAGUUCAUUUGCUGUUAGGGACAAGAUCAAUUCUCUCAAGCACCCAAAGUCUUCUAGUAAUGCCUCCAAAGCUAUAAGAAGCACGAGGAAGGGCGAGGAUACCAAGGAAAGUGAUGCGCAGCUUCGAUUGAGGUUCCAGGACCCCAAGGCACAGGAAGAGUGGUUGGCUAGUACAUCAAUUGGGAAGACUGAGCUUCUGAGAUUGGAAAAGGAGGGUAUUCUGUCGUACAAGAAGGGAAAGUUCACUGAGGACGAGAAGGUUUCAAUCAAAAAGGCUUUGGAGAAUUAUCAAAAGAUACAUCGAAUAAGCUCUUUCGAUCUUGUUGAGCUCGUCAUGACCAAAACACUUCAAGCCACGGAUAAAGAAACUGUCCGUGAAUUUUGGAAAGAUAUCGCCGCUUCUGUCCCCGGUCGCCCGAUCCUCAACGUCCAACCAUUCGUGCGACGAAUGCUCGACCCUAAAGCUCAUAAAGGCCGCUGGACCCCGGAAGAAGACGAACUCCUCCUUCGCGCAUACGCACAACACCCUCGCGAAUGGACCAAAAUCUCCUCCAUCGUUGACCGUACCGAGGUGGAUUGUAGGGAUCGUUAUUUGAAGGAACUCGUGAAUCGUGAUACCCGAACAGCGGGUAGGUGGACAAAAGAUGAGGAGGACAAGUUGGAAGAGGUGGUGAACAGGGUUGCGAAGGGAUUGCGUGCGGAACAGGUGCAUGGGGAGAAGAGGAAGGGUCUGGAAGAAGGAGCAGAGCUGGUGGAACCAUCGGACGUCCCUUGGGAUAUUGUUUCGAAAGAGAUGGGCAACACACGAUCAAUGACACAGUGUCGUAUCAAGUAUCGCGAUGCCAUCUGGCCCAGAAAACUGGGUUUGGGUAAAGAUGAUCAUGUCGGAAGGACGUUGAAGGUCCUCACAAGACUCAAAAACUUGAACUAUGAGUCCGAGAAGCACAUCUCUUGGUCACAAGUCCGUGAAACCCUCGAGAAAUACUCCCUCAAGGAAAUCAGAAAUUCGUAUACCAAUCUCAAAAAGAGUGUAAUGAGCGAUCCCCAUGUUGCCAGUCUCAAUUACCCCGAAUUGAUCAAUGUCAUGUACGAUAAAGCGGUCAUGCAAAGGGGGAGGAAAGUGAGGGCGGAUCAGAGGGAUUAUCCGAGUAAGGAGACGGUGGAGUCGGGGGAUGAAGCGUAUUAACGAGGGUGCGCCAAGGAAGAUAUGUGAAUAAUGAUAGCAAUUGCAUGUAACAAUAUAG